CAUAGAUUAAAUAAAAAGUUAUCAAAAUAUCAAAUAUCAAUAAAGUUUUCGCAUCCAAAUGACUUAAAUAAGCUGAUAGUGUUAAGAACUGUAUUGAGAAAAUGCCUAGAUGGGUUAAACGUGUUAAAGAAUGGAGUGGUGUGUCCAGGCAGCCGGAAACCCCUGAACUAAGCAGGAGCCAGUACUCCCUGGUGUCAGCUGGGGAGUUGACAGCUGAAGCUGUUCAAGUAUGGCUGAAGUUGCCCAAGAAGAUCAAGUAUGACCCAGAUUUGCAGCAGUUCCAGAAACGAUAUGAGAAGGAAAUUGCAAGUAACCAAGAAAACAUACCAUUGAAAGUCAAGAACGGUGCUACGCCGGAAUCGAAGCGGCUGCCUCUGGUGAAGUCGGCGCCCCACCUGAACAAUAAUAGGGUGGAAGAGAUACCCAACAUCGAUGGGAAACUGGAUGGCGUUGAAAUUCAUAAUCCGGCAAAGGAUCGAGGUUCAGAAAAUGAUCCGCCGAAAAGGCAAACGAAGAUGGCAGCCGCAAGGCAUUACGUGAAAAUGACCAUACUCCUUGGUUGCUGGAUCUUCUUUACGCUAAUUUUCAUGAUGUAUAAUGAGCGGGAGGACAUCGUACGGGGCUCAUCUGUCAGUCCUGGAGAAACUAAGAGUUACGUUCUCAACAUAUCAGAUGUUCAGCUGUCGAUGUUAGUUAAGCUGUCGGGACCGUUUCUCACCGAGCAGGCGGAAGGCCGGCUGAAUAAUACGAGACGAGACGAGGCAAGGCGGAUGGAUGUGUGGCUUGAGAGAUGGCCAGUGGAUAAUCAGGGUCCUAUAAUAGAACCUGAUGCUACUGCUAAAGAGACAUCUGAACCCUGGUCGAUACUAUUACAAGAAGAAGACCUCGACUUCAGCGAGGGGGAGUCUCGGUCUGCCGUCUUAGCUCUACAUUCAAAUCUGACCAAUCAAAGCGGCGUAUACGCAUUACGUAUGCGCACGACAGCCAACCAGACAGCGCCAUUUGCGUUAAAGUACACGAUCGAUCCGUUAGAUGCCAGUAGUGGUGUUAUAUACGCCUGUAUAUUACUCUUUGGACUGUAUGUGCUGAUUAUUUUUGAGAUCAUCAACCGUACCAUGGCAGCGGUGCUAAUAUCUACAACAUCGCUGGCAGUUCUCUCUCUGAUCGGAGAGAGACCUUCCUUGUCCGAGCUGGUCUCUUGGCUGGACAUGGAAACCCUGCUGCUGCUGUUCAGCAUGAUGAUCCUAGUUGCAAUAAUGGCGGAAACUGGGAUGUUUGACUUUUUAGCUGUUUUUACUUUCGAGGUCACAAAGGGCAAGCUUUGGCCGUUGAUCACGCUGCUCUGCGCAAUCACGGCGAUCCUCUCCACGUUUUUGGACAACGUCACCACCGUGCUAUUAAUGACGCCAGUAACAAUCAGACUAUGUGAGGUGAUGGAUAUGGAUCCGGUGCCGAUACUGAUGUCGAUGGUGCUGUUCAGCAACAUAGGUGGUACCGCCACGCCAGUUGGAGACCCACCUAACGUCAUCAUCGCUUCUAAUAAAGCUGUUGUGCUAGCUGGCAUCAACUUCACAAACUUCACAAUGCACAUGAGUUUGGGCAUCGUCGCCGUGUGUAUACAGACGUACUUCCAGCUCCGAUACAUUUACAGAGACACCAGCAAGCUGAGACUUAACGUGCCUAGAGAGAUACAAGAUCUCCGCCACCAAAUUUCAAUAUGGCGACGAGCGAUAGAGUCUCUACCUCAUCUGAGUAGAGACCAACAGGUAGUGAGAGAAAGACUCGAGAGGAAGAUGAAUAAACUGACAGCACAAUUGGCAACCAUGGUCAAGGAGAGCAGUAAAAGAGUCUGCCCGAAGGAGACCUUCCAGACUACUUUAAGGCAGUUGAAGGAAAAAUACAAAAUCCGCGAUAAAAUGUUACUGCUGAAAUCGACAGUUGCAAUAAGUUUUGUUGUUGCAGUUUUCUUCUUACAUUCGAUUCCUGAAUUGAAUCGUGUAUCUCUCGGCUGGACGGCGCUGUUGGGAGCGAUUCUACUGCUGACGUUGGCCGAUCGUGAGGACCUCGAACCAAUACUACAUAGGGUCGAGUGGUCCACUUUGCUCUUCUUUGCUGCCCUCUUCGUAUUGAUGGAGGCACUUUCAAAACUUGGCCUGAUAGCAUUCAUCGGAGGUCUCACUGAGUCUAUUAUACUCAAAGUGGAUGAGAGAGGUCGACUCGCUGUAGCAAUUCUUUUGCUUUUGUGGGUAUCAGGCGUGACCUCAGCUUUUGUGGACAACAUACCGCUCACCACAAUGAUGGUGCGAGUUGUGAUCGCACUGGGCUCCAACCCAACCCUCAACCUGCCCAUCACUCCGCUUAUAUGGGCAUUGUCAUUCGGUGCUUGUUUAGGAGGUAACGGGACGCUGAUCGGUGCAAGCGCCAACGUGGUGUGCGCCGGAGUCGCAGAACAGCAUGGCUACCGGUUCACCUUCAUGCAGUUCUUCAAGAUCGGGUUCCCUGUCAUGAUCGGCCACUUGAUCGUCGCCUCGGGAUACUUGCUUCUCUGUCAUUGUGUAUUUACUUGGCACUGAUUCGAUUUUCGGAUGGACACUUGCCGAUAACCACCUGAGGGGUUGCUACGGCGUCACCGGGGGAGUGGGGCGAGCGAAAAAGCUCGCCAUGGGAGCCCCAGGGCUUGACGACAUCGGGGGGGAGGGAGGCGCUGAUUGGUCUAAACUGUAGCCUUAGUACAAUAUUCGCUAGCUCGCAAUCGAGUAGUCGUUUUCGAGUAUGGAAAUACUUGAACAUCGGAGUAAAACGGAUCAUAUUGCAUUUUAUUAAAGCUCAAAUUUGCGUGCAUCUCUUUAACUCCAACUUUUGAGAGAACGUCUGUUAAACCAAAAGUGCAGAAUUUGCGACUCUAAAACGAGUGUCAUUAGGUCCAUUUUACUUGGACGAUAUAGUUUGAUAUACGAAAACAAACCCUCGAGCGAGCAAAUCUUGUACUAAGGCUACUGUUUUAGACUAUCUGCGAAUCCCUUUAGCGAAUACGAAUAUGUAUAUAUAUA